AUGCGCUCUCAGUUUAGCACGGCCCUACCACCGGACGUGGGAUUGCUCAUAGUCAGGAAUAUGGGCAUCUUUGAAACAAUCGCCAUGUUCUCCAUCGGGGCGUGGAAUGGCCUAGAGGUUGCCUUGAAAACGUUCGAUUAUUUCAAAGAAUACCGGGGUCUUUACUUCUGGAGCAUGCAGGUGGCAUCAUGGGGCAUUGUCAUGUUCGCGGUUCCAUCCCAACUCCUCUACAUAUCCUAUGGCUCCGAGCUUAUUGCAACCGUCUUCUACGAAAUCGGCUGGUGCGCCAUGGUGACCGGACAAGCCGUGGUCCUGUAUUCCCGCCUCCAUCUGGUUGUAACCGACAAACGCAUCUUGCGCUUCGUGCUGUGCAUGAUCGUCACCUGUGCUCUGGUGUUCCACGUCCCGAUGAUAGCCCUACUCUCUGAGCUCCGGGUCCAACCCGCGAAUGUGCAUAUCGUCCAAGGAAGCAUUGUCUACGACUGCGUCGAAGCCGUCGGGUUCUGCGUUCAAGAUCUCAUCAUCUGCGCUAUAUACAUGCGCGAAUCCAUCCGAGCCCUCAAGCCCGUCUUGGUUGUGCGAGGUCGGGAGGGUCGACGGGUCAUCAUCCACCUGCUCAUCGUCAAUAUGAUUGUCGUCGUCUUGAACAUUGCCCUGAUCAUUGUGGUCUUCAUGGACUCUUCUCUCACCGCCAGCUUCAAGGCAGUGGUGUACAGUAUCAAGCUGAAACUGGAAUUUAUGAUCCUCACUCGUCUACGCAAUUUGAUCAGUUCCCCGUCCAGCACGUGUCACUUACCGCAAUACGAAAAGAACUCGGACAAUAUUCAUGACAUGGUGGACCGUCACCCCCGCACCAGGCCGAGUACCAAGUCCCCCACCGUCUUCAUCGCCGAGAGCCGUACCCCUUGCGCAGAUUCUGUCCCCAAGAGCACGUUCGAUUUUCACCAAGCCCUGAAGGAAACAACACUUCCCGAACAUGCGGCACCAUGGUGUGACCAGCAAUCUCAGACAAGCGAGGGAAGCAUAGAAGGGUGUUCGCGGCCCAGGAUCGGAUCCUCGGAUACCUCCUCUACAAUUGAGAAGCAGCUUCUUCACUCUUGA